AUGUCUGAAACAACACCAAAACUCGAAAAUGAUCCUAAGGGUGCCUUGGAACAAUAUAUUGCCACGCUUCAGAGUGAAUCAAAAAUAGCAAGAAGACAGGCAUUAAUAAAAAUUAACGAAGAGAUUUUCGAAAAUCCAAUUAAUGUAGAUUGUGACUUGACGGUAGUGUUCCCGGAAAUUUACGCAUAUGUUUUAAAAUGUUUUUCUGAUGCCUCUGAAUCCUGUCGCGAGAAUGCGAUAUUAAUUAUGUCCAAUUUUAUCGAAAAGUUACCUUUAAACGACUAUUAUUUAACGUACAUACUUCCCGUUAUUGUGAGGCGGAUAGGUUCCGCAGAAACUAUAGAAGACUCCGAAGAGAUUCGACUAAUAUUAAUGGGACUUGUUCAUAAAAUAUUAGACAAAUAUAAAGGAACAAAUCUUCUCUGCCCAUUUAUGAAUGACUUUACUGGAAUAUUAACGAAAACUUGUACCGAUGUGUUUCCUAAGGUUAAAUUAGAAGCGUUCGAUUGUAUUAUAAUGUUAACAAAAAUUUUACAAAGAGAUUUCCAUUUCCAAUCUGAGAGUUUUGUCAAGCCGCUGCUGUCAAACUUUACCCACCAACAUUUUAGAGUGCGCGUUGCAGCUAUCAAAGCUAUCGGUGGUGUUGUUUUGGCGGGUAACGUCAAAUGUUUUGAGAUGUCCAUAACACCACUAGCAGAGAAAUUAUUUGAUGAAAAUAUUCAAGUGAGACUACAAGUUACUAUUGAAGUCGGUAACUGGAUGCUGAUGUAUAAAGAUCGCUAUUCGUUUUGGCAUCGCAUGAUACCACUGCUGUUGACAAGCUUAAGUGACGUCAUGGCUGAUGUAAGAGAGACAGCGACUAAGCUUUGGGAUGACAUAGGUUUGCAGUACAUGGAAGAAAACGAGGAAGAUCUGAAAAAGAAAACUGACUUUCUCAAAGAUGUCCCAACUCAUUACCCCGAUGUAAAGCGCCCCAAUCUUGGCUGCAGGACAUUAGUCCAAUCUAAUAUUGGGAAGAUUGUUCCGGCUAUUGGUAGAGAAAUGGACGGUUGGCAAGCGGACGCCCGGCUGCGGUGUGCUCAGUUGUUGUGCUGGCUAUUGCUGUGUGCGGAAGAGGGAUGUACCCAGCACGCUGGUGCUGUACUAGCCGCACUACACCGUGGAGCCGCUGAUGAGGACCAGCGGGUGGUUGUGGAAGUGAAACGUGCAUCCGAAUUGUUUGGUUACUUUAUUACACCAGACACCUGGUGGCCUCUCCUUGAAGCCGAAAUGGACUCAUGGAGCGCGCUCUUCGUGGUGGCCAAUAUCUUGAAAGGUUCUCGAGCUGAACUGGUCAAGGAGAAGGUUAUGCUUGAAUUGUGUAAAGAGUUGGCUGAUCCUGAUAGAUGUAGAGUUCGGAAGCCCAAGUAUCAGACCAAUUUGCUCCAUGUAACUGAAGCGUUGAUGGAUCUCUGUAAGAACGACUGCAACACAGUAGCUGAAAAGUUGUUUAUUAUCAACUUCACGGUGUAUGCAAUGCCUUGUGAUGAUAAAAUACAAUUUAUGGCAAUUUCAAACUUGGACAAACUACGUAGUAUUGAAGGAUGCGGCAGUACCCUCACAUCUCUCUACGAGAAACAUAUUGGAAAAGUCCUAGCGGAUAUAACCAGCGACGCGUCUACUUGGAACUUGUUGACUCCAGACCGCUGUCUGCUGGAAUGUGUUUUAUUGCACUCAGGUUCAGCUAUGGGCACGCAGUUGCACCUCAUCGCACCUUUAUUAAAAGAAUCUCUCGCUCCACCGAAAGCGGAUCCGGAAGUCAAAUUGAAGAUAUUUACAGCGCUAUCAACUGUACUGUUACAACGGCAGACGAACUUCAACAAGUGUAAUCAUUACAAGUUGGAAUGUUUCCUAAAGAUCGUUAUUGACGAAGUGAUAGUGCCAAAUCUGGUCUGGUCACCGGGUAGAACAGCCGAAGCAAUCCGUACAGCGGCUGUUGCUUGUUUAUGCGCUGUGUUACAAGAUAAUCCAGCUCCAGAAGGACCAAUGACUGAUGACAAAAAUGAUUUAGUUGAGGUAAAUCUAUUUUCAAGCCAGGAGUAUCUGGAAUCGUUCCUAGAACAAAUAGUUCCCCUACUAGUGAGCCUGACCGACGAUAACUCGCCUCUGACUCGACAACACACAAUGAGGGCGAUAUGUUGCCUCUCAGAGUUGGCGAAAAACCGCGGAUGUUUUACCGUUGACAUACUGCAUAGACUAUACUUUGUGGUUCUCAAACGCCUCGACGACAGCAACGACAAGGUUCGCUCCUGCGCCGUUCAAACGUUGUGUAAGCUGUUCUCGUGUCGGCCUCAGUACGACACCGUUGUCUACAGUGCGCAUAUCGACGCCCUGUACAGCGCUUUGCUUGUCCACCUCGACGAUAAUGAUGAGAUAUUUCAGAAAGAAAUAUUGGGUGCUUUAAUAAAACUGAGUGAUAUAGAUCCAAAACUACUGAUGAAGAAAAUUAUCACCAAUAUACAUUUGUAUAGAAAUAAAACUGCCUAUGAGCGUCUUUCUAGUCACAUCGAAAAGUUAUUAAAAUAAUUUUAGUUAAAAAUGCAUACCAAGGAGUGUCUUAAGUUGUUAAUUUUUCUCAAUAAAAUGUAUUGAUGAUUUUAUUUAAGGAAAAUAUAAUAUUAAAAGAG